AUGGGUGCAAUAGAUGGUACGCAUAUUUUCAUUAAACGCCCCAGUACCUCACCAACAGAUUACCUUAACAAAAAGAACAGGUAUUCUCUUAAUGUUCAAGCUGUUUGUGACUUUAAAUAUCGUUUCAUGGAUGUGGUCAUUAAAUGGCUGGGUAGUGUACAUGAUGCACGGAUAUUUUCUAAUUCCAACAUUAACCGUAAGUUUCGUGAAAAUGAGAGUUUUAAAUGUCAAAAACAAACUGUUGAUGAUGAGAUGCCAGUCCCUGUGUGUAUACUGGGUGACCCCGCUUAUCCUCUCCUUCCAUUUCUUAUGAAAGAGUUCCCAGGUGGUGGCAACAGUGUGCAACAACAAUAUUUUGGGUGGCGCCUUUCUUCAGCGAGAAUGGUCAUAGAAUGUGCAUUUGGAAGACUGAAAGGCAGGUUUGGAAUAUUAAAGCGUGAAAUGGAUAUCAACACUGAAGAUUUACCAUAUGUCAUUUAUGCAUGCUUUGUUCUCCACAACUAUUGUGAAGGGGAAAAGCAGGUUGUUGCUGAAGAAGAAAUAAGCAAAGCAAUAGAAUGUGAAAAACAAUUCCAACCAGCAUUCUGGGAAACAGAUACACCCUUGGUAAUAAUGAUGAACAAAGUGGGAAAAUAA